GACGCCUCGAUCGCACCACACCACGCCGCUCCCGAUGGCGCGCCGCCAUCACCUCCUCUCCCGCGCACUCGCAUCGCACCACCUUCUCCCUUCCCCGGCUACCUCCAGCCUCCGCCCCACACCGCGGCGGCCUCUCCCCCUCCACUCUCCGCCGCCCUUUUCUCCUCCCCAUGGUCCUGCGCUUCUCCCCUUCGUCGCCGCCGCUUCGCGGCAAUACGCCGCGUCGAGCUUCAGACGAAGGCGCUCGUCGCCGCCGCCGAUGUUGCUGAGGCGGAGGAGGGCGAGGAGGCCGACGCGGAAGGGCCCCGGCGAGCUCAUUGUGCAAAUUGGCAUCGAAGAGGACCUCCCCGACGACCCUGAAACUAUGAGCAUUGCAGAAGCACUCCAAACUGAUGUUGGGAAGGCGGCGAAGGUAGCCUUUGACGACCUUGAAGGCUUAGAGUACAAGACCAGAGAUCCUUCUAUAAGCACCUUGAACAAGUAUGAUAGCGUCGAGGUCUCUCUGCUGCUUUGUGAUGAUAUCUUCAUCAGGAGGCUGAACAAGGAAUGGAGGGAUGAGGAUUGCGCUACUGAUGUUCUGUCGAUGUCGCAGCAUAUCCCAGGGCUUGAUAUUCCCAUUCUGCAGUUGGGUGACAUAGUAAUUUCUGUUGAAACAGCACGGCGGCAAGCAGAAGAAAGAGGCCACACACUUCUUGAUGAGAUAAGAAUUCUCAUGGUGCAUGGAUUGUUGCAUUUAUUGGGCUUUGAUCAUGAACUCAGUGAAGAGGCUGAAGUCGAGAUGGAGAGGGAAGAAGAACAUGUAUUAAAUACUCUUGAGUGGAAAGGAAAGGGAUUAAUUAAGAGUGCAUAUGACACUGCUACCAAUAUGGAACAUUUACAAAAUUCUGUUGAGGCCAAUAACAAUAUAGAGAAACUGCGCGUAAGAGAGGAAACUCGGACCAAAUUAAGCCAUAUAAUUUGUGAUAUAGAUGGUACUCUUGUGGAUUAUGACGGGCGCCUGCAUGAAGAAUCAAUAGAAUCAUUGAGAGAGGCAAUUGUAACAGGAGUAAAUGUUAUUAUGGUUACUGGAAAGAGCCGGGCUUCCAUCAUUAGAACCUUGAAGCUUCUUGAUUUCCAUGAUAAAGGUGAUUUUGUAUCAGAGACAUCACCUGGUGUAUUUUUACAGGGUUCACUUGUCUAUGGAAGGCAUGGCCAAGAAGUUUAUAAAGCAGAAUUGGAUGUAGAUAUCUGCAAGGAGGCAUUUCUGUACUCUUUAAAGCAUAAAAUUCCUGUUGUUGCGUACUGCAAGGAACAAUGUUUGACCUUGUUUGAACAUCCAUUUGUUAACUUGCUGCACACUGUGCAUCACGAGAACAAGGUAAAAGUGAUGCAUUCUAUUGAGGACCUUCUGGAAUAUUCAUCUAUUCAGAAGUUGCUACUCUUUGACAGUGCUGAAGAGGAUUCAUCAGUCCUGAGGCAGCAUUGUUCAGAACUGACUGAAGGGAAAGCACGUGUUCUCAAAAUGCAGCCAAAUAUGAUUGAUAUUGUCCCACUCAGUGCUUCAAAGGGUGGUGGUAUAAGAAUUUUACUUGAUCAUCUUGGAAUAACAGAAGAUUGUGAUCUUGAUGCUAUUGGAGACUAUGCAAGAUGGCUGAGCAAUUAGUGAUUCUUUGAAAUAGUUACUGGAUCAUGCUUUAGAAAAAGCAUAGUGAUUGAGAGCUUUAGAUGUUAGAGAAGGUAUGCAUGUCAUGCACCAAAAGAUAAAGAAUGAUCACUUUGGACAUGUUUAUUUGAAGGGUGCAAAAAUCAUAAAUUCAUAGCACAUCCUUUUAGGCUGGCAAUUUUUAUAUUUUGGAAAAAAGGCUAAGAGGGCGGUGAAUGGCAACUUAAAUAUUUCGUUAAGAUCCUUCUGUUGAGAUGUGUGAAAGGAGAAUCGAAUGGGCCGCAGCCAUGUGACAAGUCACCAUCAUUAGUUCAUAACAAUUUUGACCCUCCGUAGAAUUUUGUAUAGUUGUGUUUUGUGUAUCUCUGCUAAAUGUUGCUCAGUAUGUGUGUAAAUGGCUCCUCUACUUUGUGGGUAUUUAUUCAUUAUGAAAAGAAUACUGGUGUAGAUUGAUGAGUAGGAAUUCGAUGGAGGCAUUAUGAUAAAGAUAACUGUAUUUUCUUCGAUGUUGAGUUUUGAUGAUUAUGAUUCACC